GUGAAGUGUUGCUGACGCCGAGGGUGCCGCCAAGUGCCACUGGUGAGGAAUCCCACGCCUGGCAGCGGGCAUUUCGGCAACUUUCGGAAGAGCCGGCAAAUCAAGAGGCGUGAUGGAGGAUUAAUCAGCCAGCUCGUGUCCCGAAGAAGAAGACGAAUGCGAGUGAUCAUCCUUGUCCACGCAGAUGUUGUUUCGGAGUCAGUUGUUAUCUAUCGUUGCAGUCGCACUUGGAUGGAGAAGCCCCAGGGAUGGUCGUCACUGACGCGCCAGAUGCUUAACAGCUCCUCGUCCCGUGACGAAGAUCCCUUCCCCUCGUUGCAAGGCGCGGGGGCGGGGGAUUCCAAACCAACAACUGUGGGUGUUGGGGGUUCACGGCGACCAGUGUUGCAGGCGCCAUUUGUGAGUGUGGUCGGCAAGGGUCGUCUACCGACUAGGGGCAGAGGGAAUGAGACGAAUUUGAAUCGCGAAGACGCCGCGGUUGCUAGAUUGCGGGAGCGGUAUGGCUGGGCGGAUGAUCGGUUGCUGCGGGACGUGUUGCAGGCCGUCGGGGGCGACGAGGAUGUCGCGUGUGGGCAGUUGGAUGCCAUGGCGGAGCCCUCGUCGCCUCCACCUGAAGGGCCGGGAGGGAAAUUUGACGUAGCUGGUGAUGGGUUGCGUUCUGCUGGCGCUGUGGAGUGCGAGAAGAAUGAUGUUUAUUUGAAGAAUCGGAGAGAGGCUUUGCGGAUGAGUCGGGGGAAGAAUGCUCGGGCUGCCUACAACGCGUACAUGGCAGGGGAUCACGCUCUCGCAAAGCAGUAUUCUCGUGAAGCUCACGAAAACUGGAAGACCGCUGAAAUACUGCACGCGCAAGCUGCGGAAGAGAUACUUUAUUCUAGAAAUGCAGACGGGGUUUUCAAUGUGUGGACGAUUGAUCUGCAUGGUUUACACGCAACUGAAGCAGUCAUGGCUCUUCAAGAACGGCUUGCGUAUCUCGAGGAAGAGUUGGCAAAGAAUCCAGGUUUUCUUUACAGCUCACAGCGAGUGCCAAACUCGCUCUCAGACGUGAAAGGAGAAGGGUUGGGUGUCAAUGGACUAAUGAACGGCAAGCAUGAACAGUCGUUACCUUUAGCGGCUUCUCGGGCCGUUGUGAAAAGUGACCUCUCCGUCAUAACAGGUGUUGGGCGGCAUAGUAAGGGUGGUCCUUCUCUUCCAUUGGCAGUCAAGAACUUCCUUCUCAGUAAUGGGUACAAAUUUACUGAACCAAGGCCUGGUGCUGUGUCUGUAGCUCCGAAGCGGCACUACGCCUGAGUAGAUUGUCGGUGUACAGUUCCCUUUGUGGUUGUACCAUUAUUGUCUUCAUCAGAUGCCGACUUGAUCUGAACUUGUUAUGCUUCAAAGCUUGCACACCAGUUUUGAUGUCGGCAACAGUUUGGUUCUGAGGCACGAAAUUACGCAUGUGGCCAUUGCAUGAAACAUCUUUACAUACGCUGCUACGGCAGUACUAGAAACUGUGUAGCCAUGGGCACUUGCUGUUUCAGUUUUGUAAUUUUAGACAUGGUGAGGUCCAACUCAGGUGGUGAGCUUAGAGCACGUUGUUUGACACAUAGGACUUACAGGGGCACAAUCUACAAACCUCAGUUUUCGUCCCAUCAAAUUAGCCGUAGUAAUCCCUGUGUAUCAGCCUGACAAUGUACCAUAUCUUGAGAAAGUAUGUUCCAGAAAAAUCUGGUGUUUCUGGUGCUUUGUAAGGUAGUGCAAAAAUAGGUCUUCGAAACUCCGAAGAUUUUGAGAGGCUCUUUCUGUGCAGUGGACGUGAUUUUAGGACUUGCUAGAAACGAAUUGCUGGAUUUUCUUGUCCAGGUCAAGUAAUCCAUUCGUUUAGGGAAUGUUUGAAGUUAUUUUGACAUCUCAGUAUCGGAGGCAUGGCGAAGGGAUGUUACACUAUAAGUAAAUGUUGGUGGAGAGGAACAUCUAUGAUAUGUAUUUACGUAGCAGCAGGUAUAUGAAUAGAAGUAAGAGUUUGAGAAACAACACUGUUGGAUUGAAUGAUGCUCUUCAUUAGUGAACAUGGAGAAUGCUUUGCGAA